AUGCAGCUGGAGCCCUGCCUGUCGCCCCCGUCGAUGAUGCUCUCCAAGAAAUUCCUCCACGCCGGCGGCGGCGGCGGCGGCGCCUUCCCUCCCGCGGCGGGCGGCCCCGAGCUGGCCCUGCACGAGCAUCACCACCACCACCACCACCACCACCCCGCCGCCGCCGCCCUCCUCGCGUCGACGGCUGACAACCUGGAGAGGAGUUCACCUCUGAAAAAACUCGCCAGGGGGGGGAUGACGAAUCAGGCCGAGGCGGACGGUUUCCCUGACUCCAAAGACCCGCCAGGGGACGCCCAGCCGCAGCCACACCAGCACCAGCCGCCGCAGCAGCAGCGCGCCAAACUCUCGCCCGUCGUCUUGGACGGCGGCGGCGGCCACCAGCAGCUCCGGCCCGCCUUCGAUGGAGCGGCCGCCGCGGCCGCAGCAGCAGCAGCAGCAGCGGAUCGCUACCUGCUCUCGCCGGCGGCCGCCUCUUCGUCCUCCUCCUCGUCCUCCUCUUCCUCGUCCUCCUCCAUGUUCCCCUACCCGGGCCAGCACAACCCGGCGGCCGCCUUCUCCAUCGCCAGCCCCGGGCGCUACAUGGCCCACCACCCGGUGCUGGCCAACGGAGCCUACAACAGCCUGCUCUCCAACUCGGCCCCCCAGGGCUACCCGGCCGCCGGCUACCCCUACCCGCAGCAGUACGGCCACUCGUACCAGGGCGCGCCCUUCUACCAGUUCCCCUCCGCCCAAGCCGGCCUGGUGCCGGGCAAGGCGCAGGUCUACCUAUGCAACCGGCCGCUCUGGCUGAAGUUCCACCGGCACCAGACCGAGAUGAUCAUUACCAAGCAAGGCAGGCGGAUGUUCCCUUUCCUGAGUUUUAACAUCUCUGGCCUGGACCCCACGGCUCAUUACAACAUCUUCGUGGACGUCAUCCUGGCCGACCCCAACCACUGGCGCUUCCAGGGAGGAAAGUGGGUGCCCUGCGGCAAGGCAGACACCAACGUGCAAGGGAACCGCGUCUACAUGCACCCGGACUCGCCCAACACCGGCGCCCACUGGAUGCGGCAGGAGAUCUCCUUCGGCAAGCUGAAGCUGACCAACAAUAAGGGCGCCUCCAACAACAACGGGCAGAUGGUGGUCUUGCAGUCCCUGCACAAAUACCAGCCCCGCCUGCACGUGGUGGAGGUGAACGAGGACGGCACUGAAGACACCAGCCAGCCCGGCCGGGUGCAGACCUUUACCUUCCCGGAGACGCAGUUCAUCGCCGUCACCGCCUACCAGAACACCGAUAUCACGCAGCUGAAGAUCGACCACAAUCCCUUCGCAAAAGGCUUUCGAGACAACUACGACACGAUCUACACGGGCUGCGACAUGGACCGCCUGACCCCCUCGCCCAGCGACUCGCCGCGCUCGCAGAUCGUGCCGGGGGCCCGCUACGCCAUGGCGGCGGCCGGCUCCUUCCUGCAGGACCAGUUCGUCAGCAACUACGCCAAGUCGCGGGGCUUCCACCACCCCCACCACCACCCCCACCACCCGGGGGCCGGCGGCGGGCCGGGGGUGGGGCCGGGCGGGCCGGGGGGCCCGGAGCGGGGGGCGGCGCACCCCAACGGCCUCCUGUCCCCGCAGCAAGCCGAAGAGCCCGGCGCGCCGUCCCCCCAGCGCUGGUUCGUGGCGCCGGCCAACAACCGGCUGGACUUCGCCGCCGCCGCCUCGGCCUACGACCCUGCCGGCGAUCUGGCGGGCAACGCGGCCACCCUGCUCUCUUACGCGGCAGCCGGCGUCAAGGCGCUCCCCCUGCAGGCGGCCGGCUGCACCGCGCGCCCGCUGGGCUACUACCCGGACCCGUCGGGCUGGGGCGCCCGCAGCCCGCCGCAAUACUGCGCCAAGGCCCUCUCCUGCUGGCCCAACGGCGGCGGGGGCAGCGGGCGGGCCGGGGGCCACCCCUACCUGCCCGUCGGGGCGGGGGGCGGCGGCGGCGAGGAGCCCGACGGCCUGGCCGCCCCCGAGCGCUCCCCCCUGGUGGCCCCCCCGCCGCCCCCGCCCCCCGCCGGCCCCCCGCCCCCCGAGGACUCCAAGCCGCCCAAGGACCUGUCCGACUCCAGCUGGAUCGAGACCCCCUCGUCCAUCAAGUCCAUCGACUCCACCGACUCUGGGAUUUACGAGCAGGCCAAGCGCCGGCGGCUCUCCCCGGCCGGCACCCCGGCGUCCGAGAGCUCGUCGCCGCUCAAGAGCGAGCCCCCCCUGGCCCCCCGGGACUGCGACAAGACCUGCGCCAAGGACAUCGGCUACUACGGCUUCUACGCCCACAGCUAG